AUUUAAUCAAUAAAAAUUAUGGCAGUCACUGAAGCAACAUUCCAAGAGUGGGAAGCUAAACUUGAAGGUUCUAACUUCUUCGGAGGAGAUGAUCCAAGUGAGGAAGACAACAACAACUUGAAAGCUCUCGAUGGAUCUGAACCACCAGCCACUUUCCCUAACGUAUUCGGAUGGUUCCUCGUUGUAAAGAUGUUCACUGAAGAAGUCAGAAGCACCUGGACUGCUCCAAAGGGUAAAGGCGGAAAGAAAGACAAGAAGGGAAAGAAGGAAGAGAAGAAGGAAGAAGUCAAGAAGGAAGAAGAUGAUGAUGAAGACGACGAAUUUGACGACAUGUUUGGAGAAGAUGAAGAUGAUGCUGCUGCCAAGGAAGAGAUUGCCAAGAAGGCCAAGGAAGAUAAGGAAAAGAAGAAGAAGGCUGCACCAGUUGCCAAGUCUAUCAUUCUUUUCGAAGUUAAGCCAUGGGAAGCUGAACAAGACCUUGAUGCUCUUGCUGCUAAGAUCUUGGGAAUCGAAAUGGACGGUCUUUUGUGGAAGACUGAGUUCAAGAAGGAGCCAAUUGGAUAUGGAAUCUUCAAAUUGAUCAUGGGAUGCACUGUUGAAGAUGAUAAGGUUGGAGUUGAUGAUCUUCUUGAAAAGAUUGGUGGAGAUUUCGAAGACGAGGUCCAAUCUACAGAUAUCCUCGCCUUUAACAAGGUAUAAAUCUGCCAUAAAAACACUCUUUUACACAACCAAUAUCUUAGUUUCA